GUUUUCCAUGUUUCUUACUUAGCUGCAAAAUAUGCAUAAUCCAUCCGGUUUAGUCCAAGAAAAUGGUUCUGUUCUUGAUUUCGUUUCUCAAUUAGGUUAUUUUGUGUUUAGUUCGAGGUUUCUGAACUUAAAUUCUGAUGGGUGUUCUGGGUCAUCGUCACAUUCUCUUUAUUUGAACCGGGUUGAUGAUUAUCGUUGUGUCAAAAGGCCGUCUAGGUCCGGUGUUGUUUCGUUGAGCUUGAGUUCAAGAGGUGGCUCGAGUUUAAGGAGGUUUUUGAAUGAGUUCAAUAGUGUUAUAAGGAUCCAUUGUGACAAACCCUCACUUGGGUUUGCUUCGUUAGGCGGUGUUUCGGAGGAGGCUAAUGGGAUUAGAGACGAUGGGUUCGGUGUAUCGCAGGAUGGUGCACUGCCAUUGAAUGGUGUUGAAACUGAGAAGCCCAAACGAGUUCUUAUCUUGAUGAGCGACACUGGUGGGGGUCAUCGGGCUUCCGCUGAAGCAAUCAAGGCUGCCUUUAAUGAAGAAUUUGGGAACGAUUAUCAGGUGUUUAUAACUGAUUUAUGGGCGGAGCACACUCCUUGGCCAUUCAAUCAAUUACCAAGAAGCUAUAACUUCUUAGUGAAACAUGGCACAUUGUGGAGAAUGACUUACUAUGCGACUGCUCCAAAAGUGAUCCACCAGUCAAAUUUUGCUGCAACUUCAACAUUCAUAGCUCGAGAGGUAGCCAAAGGGCUCAUGAAAUAUCGGCCAGAUAUCAUUAUCAGUGUACAUCCUCUAAUGCAGCACGUUCCCCUUCGUAUUUUGAGGUCGAAGGGCCUCUUGAAUAAGAUCAUUUUCACCACGGUAAUCACGGAUUUGAGCACCUGCCACCCAACAUGGUUCCAUAAGCUUGUAACGAGAUGCUACUGCCCGUCUACGGAGGUAGCGAAGAGGGGUUUGAAAGCUGGACUCCAUCCUUCCAAACUAAAGGUUUAUGGCCUUCCCGUACGGCCUUCCUUCGUUAAGCCUAUUCCUCCGAAGAUUGAGUUGAGAAAAGAAUUAGGCAUGGAUGAAAAUCUUCCUGCCGUGCUGCUCAUGGGAGGAGGGGAAGGUAUGGGUCCGAUUGAGGCUACGGCUAAGGCGCUAAGUAACGCGUUGUUCGAUGAAAAUCAUGGCGAGCCAAUAGGCCAAGUUCUUGUGAUUUGUGGCCGCAACAAAAAACUAGCUGCCAGGUUGCUUGCAAUUGAUUGGAAGGUUCCUGUUCAGGUGAAGGGGUUUGUCACAAAAAUGGAGGAAUGUAUGGGAGCUUGUGAUUGCAUUAUAACAAAGGCGGGCCCGGGAACGAUCGCUGAAGCCAUGAUAAGAGGUCUUCCUAUAAUACUGAAUGGCUUUAUUGCUGGACAGGAAGCUGGGAACGUACCGUAUGUUGUUGAGAACGGUUGCGGGAAGUUUUCAAAAUCUCCUAAAGAGAUAGCGAAGAUUGUAGCAAAUUGGUUCGGGCCAAAAGCGGACGAGCUGAUGGUGAUGUCACAGAACGCGUUGAGGCUGGCGAGACCCGAUGCAGUCUUUAAGAUUGUUCAUGAUCUCCAUGAGCUUGCUAGACAAAGAAGUUAUGUACCACAGUAUUCCUCCUGCGCUUAGAAGAGGUUUGGUGGGAGGGAGGCUUUGUUCUACUUGAGAUGAGAUGCGCACUGCAACAUCUCAAUCAAUAAAUUAGUGUUUGAUUUUGUUGCAAUUUCUUAAUGUUUUGAAGGGAGGAUAUUAGAAGCAUUUUGUUCACACCAAUUCAAGUUUUGCUUAUCUGAUUCGCCCUUUUUUAUUUUUUUAAUGAAAACGUUUUCGUUUAAUCC